GCUUUUUACUUUAACGAACUGGAAAAGCAUGUUGCGAAGUGCUGCAUACAGAAGUCGUCCUCGUAAGUUACAGAGGGCGUCGGGGCGUGGCGGUGGGUCGGAGGGACGGGCAUUAAAGCUACAAGAGAUGGUUACUAACCUCAUUCGAUAUGAAAGAAUCGAAUCGACUUUGCCAAGGUGUGAUGAAGCCAGAGGAUACACUGAACAGCUUAUAAGUCUUGCAGUUCAGAAUGGCGAUAAGGAUCGACACACCAUGGAAAUGGCCGAUUACUGGCUUACGGAGAAAGACCUAAUUCACAAGCUGUUCAAAGUGUUAGUGCCGCGGUACAACCACUUCACAAACUACAACUAUACCCAGACGUACCGACUCCCAAACAAAUAUCCUGGCUCCGAUAAUACCAGUAUGGCUGUCUUGGAACUGAAAUUUAAUCCAUGGCCACCUGUUGUCCCCAAUCAGAAUGAGAAAAAAUACCUCCUGACGAACAUCCUGCUAAGGGAACUGAACAAAAGCAUGAAGAAGGAAGGAAAAGUGGAUCAUUACAAACAAAUUAAUAAGGUGACUUUUCCUAAUGAAUACGCCGAGCUCAAGGACAACGUCUCUCCUGCUGGGAAUCAUGACACCGAUAGCGUUGGCCAGUCAACUUCAAGAGAAUCAGAAGAUCAGUUGGCUUCAACAGAAUCGAUAGAUCGGUUGGCAUCAGCAGAUCAGCCGGCUUCCGCAGAUCAGCUAGGUUCAACAGAAUCGGCAGAUCGGUUAGGUUCAACAGAAUCGGCAGAUCAGCUGGCUUCGACGAAAUCGGCAGAUCAGUUGGAUUCGGCUGAUCAAGUGUCUUCAAUAGAAUCAGAACAGUUGGCUUCACCAGAAUCGGUUGAACAGUCGAAUAUGAAUGCAGAUGAAUUUCAGAAUCAGGACAAUUUGUCUGACCCUGACGGUGAAGAUAAGGAUAAAAAAUAAGAAAUAUCGUCAAGAAAUGUGUGUAUUAGUGUCUUUGUAAUUUAAGUCUGAACAAUAUUGCA